UGUUGGUUUGGCUGUUUUGGUUUUUUACAAAUUUGUUGUCUUCGCUUCCAACUUAUAUAAACAAAUUAAUUGUUGUCUUCUUGAAUCAAAAAAUGCUUAACGAAAACAAAGGCGCGUGAUAAGUGAGUGACUGCAGGAAAAAAAACUUAAAGUUCCUGCGGAACUAAGUUCAUCUGGACUGCACCUGCGCAGGCGUGUGAAAUGUUCAUCACUUCCUCUGGGCUUUUUCAAUCUUAGCUUUCGAACUAUCAGGGAUCGGGUGGGAAAUGUUGGCUCCCCUGGGCUUCAGCUGUCCGCGCUGUCUGCUUUUAAGGCGCGGAGCCGAGCGAUGGGCUUCCUUGGCCCGACAAUUGUCUGGCAACAGCUCCCAGGGUACCACCAACAGGGGUUCCCGUUCCCCCGACAAGGACACCUCCACCAAGGAUGGCGGCAAGGACUCCGCUUCACAUAGCAGAACGAACGCCAAGGAGACAUCGGCCAGAGAUAGAAACUCCAAGGGACGGAAGAGACUUAGGGAAAUCGAGAUACCUCCCGAACCCACCACCUGCUGCAUGUCCGGAUGUGCCAACUGCGUUUGGCUGGAUUACGCCCAGACUCUGGCUAAGCUUUUGGGCGACAACGAUGAGGAGGCUCGCCAGAUUGUCCUGAGCAAGAUCACCGACCCGAACCUGAAGAUGUUCCUCAGCCUGGAGCUUCGCCAGAUGGCUCGGCAGCGGGAGGAAAAGGCAGCGGCGGAGAAAGCAGCCAAGGGGAAGCCAAAGACACCGCCCUCAAAGUAGUACAAACGCGUUCUCCCUAUUAUCUAAAUUUCUAGUUAGGACCAAAUUUGUAGUAGCUCAAAUUUAAUCUUGUACUUAGUGACUAAGAACUGAAAAACCUCACAAUAAAUGUCUAAGAGUUCA